AUAAACCCCCUAACUCGUUUAUAAUGGCUAUAAAGAAUUCAGAUAAAGCGGUUAGAAAGACAACAAACACAUGUGUAACCACUGCUGAUGAUUCAGGCACUCGGUGUUUGGACGAUAAAGAAUAUAACAAGCACCAAAACCCUUUGGAUGUUGAAUACGUCAAUGAGAUCCACGUCAAGGAUUUCACUAGAGCACUCGAAUACGAUCCUAUCACUACAGAAACAAAUCCGGAACAGAUCUCCGCUUGGACAGAUGCUUUACCCACUCCCAGAUCCACCUCUACACCCAUCAAAGCCAAGUCGAAAAGAUCCACAAGGAGGAAAUUAGCGGAACAAGAAGCCGCUACACCAAAAGGGUUCACACAUACACUAGUGCAGUAUCCACUCAUCUUUGUGAUUGGGUUCAUCAUGUUUUUUGAAUUGAUGGCCUACAUCUCUUUACGGCUACUUGUGCGUUUAUGGGAAAAUCUAUUUAGUUGGCGAGGAAGGAAAAGAAAGCUUCGUGCACAGUUGCGUGCAUCUAACUCGUAUAAAGAAUGGUGCGAGGCAGCCGAUGCGUUGGACAAAUAUAUGCACAAGGAUGACUGGAAAAAGACGAUCCCUUAUGCAUUCUACGAUUAUCGAUUAUUGCAAAAGGUCGUCAAGCAUUUGAAAAUGUAUCGCCAGGGAGACACCAUGGAGGAUGCCACAAAACUGAUGGAUGUCUUGUAUGUUUGUUUGAAACAAAAUUUCGCUGGUAUUGAGAAUGCGAAGCUAUACAGUAAUACUUAUCUGGGAACAAAAAGAUUAGUGGAAGAAUACGUUGAAGAAGUCACCCGUUCGAUUGAAGCAUUGGCGAACAACAGACAUAUCACACCCGAAGAAAAACGUCUCGCGUUCAAGUUGUAUUCUAAAAAUUAUGGACGUACGGCGUUUUGUUUGUCAGGAGGUGCAGGUUUCGGAUAUUAUCAUUUGGGUGUGAUUAGAGCUUUAUUGGAUCGUGGAUUAUUGCCUUCGAUUAUCACUGGUACUUCAGCGGGGUCGCUGAUGGGCGCUAUUGUUUGUACUCGUACGGAUGAAGAAUUGAACGAGAUCUUGAGCCCUGAUUUGGCUAAAAGAAUCAAUGUGUGUCAAGGCUCUUGGGCUUCCAAAAUCACACAUUUGGUCACUACCGGUGCUUUGUUUGAUACAGAACAGUGGUGUCGUGAAGCAAUGUGGUUUUGUAAAGGAUCGCUUACUUUUAAAGAAGCAUAUGAAAGAACAGGCCGCAUAUUUAAUGUAUCCGUCAUUCCAUAUGAUCCCCAUUCACCACCCAAGCUACUAAAUUAUCUUACCGCGCCUGACUGUGUUAUUUGGAGUGCUGUAAUUGCUUCAGCUGCUAUUCCUGGUAUUUUAAAUCCCGUUGUGCUUAUGCAGAAAAAGCGAGGCACAGACCAUCUGGUUCCUUACAAUUACGGCCACAAAUUCAAGGAUGGAAGUCUUAGUACAGAUAUUCCUACACUUGCAUUAAACACGCAAUUCAAUGUGAAUUAUACGGUUGUCAGCCAAGUGAACCCUCAUGUCCAUGUCUUUUUUUAUGCAAAUCAAGGUAGUCCUGGCCGACCCGUUACUCAUCUCGAAGGACGUGGAUGGCGAGGUGGUUUCUUAGCUUCGACCAUUGAGCAAAUGUUGAAACUGGAUUUAGCAAAAUGGCUCAAGGUUCUCCGACAUUUAAAACUGUUACCCAAGUUCAACGAUCAGGAUUGGAGUUCGGUAUGGCUUCAAAAGUUUGAUGGCAAUGUCACUAUUUUGCCUAAAUCCGAUAUCACAGACUGGUUUUAUACGAUUGCAGACCCUGGAGCGGAUCGACUCAAGAAAUUGAUGAUUGCUGGUCAAAUCCGUACCUGGCCUAAAAUUUCCAUGAUUUCGAAUCGUAUGCGUAUCGAAUCCUCCAUCGAGAAAGUGCGACGUUCAUUGCGCCACAAGUCCUCUAGCGUGCGUAGCCGUGUCAGUAGUCGAUCCGAGCCCGAGCUUGUCAAAUUAACACAACACCUUGAAAGUCAAGAUCUGGUUAAUAGCGUGAUUGAUCAUGGUCAUCAUAGCGAUGCAGGAAGUGGCGACGAGUUAAUUUUCUUGACACGUCGUCGUGUCAGUAUGCCUGAUGGAUCGUUUAGUAAUUUAGAGGAGAAAGACUUUUUCAAAGAACAACAUCGUAGAAGGAAAUUCAUGGCUCAGUUUAAUGACUCACUGGUCAAUGGUACCAAGACGAAUAAGCCUUCUUCCCUGUUUGUUGAUUCGGAUUCGGAUUCUCACAUCACCCCGCCAAGUUCGCCUGAAGUCUAAGUCGCUAUUAUCCUCUUCUUUUUUUUUAUUGUAUUCCCCCCAUUCACUCAUUGAUAGGCUUGUCCUGUCUUUCAUACACCCCCCUCAUUCUUUUAAAUAAUAAAAAAACGAAAGCUUUUAUGAUGACCUCCCC